AUGGAACUGUUCAAGCUUCCCAAUGGCCGACAAAUGGCCUAUACCCUAUCGCCAGAAACUCCCUCCAAACGCAUUAUCGUGCUUUCCAAUUCUUUAGCGGAAGACCUGACCUCCUGGGACCGCGUCGUGUCCGCGCUACAAGAUCAAGACUUUCAAGUUCUUCGCUAUGACCAACCAGGCCAUGGCCAAUCUAGUCUACCAUCUGAGUCGGAGAUAUCUUCCUUAUCCUUCGAAACCAUGGCAGACGAGGUUUAUUACCUUUUGAAACAUCUCGGAAUUGACCGACUGCAUGCUUGGAUUGGAGUCUCCAUGGGCGGAAUCAAGGGAUUGUACUUUGUGACGCGCCAUCCAGACAUAGUGAACAAACUCAUUGUAUCUGACGCUAUCGCUGCAUCACCGACCGUGAUGGGUAUCCCAAAUAACUUUGCAAUGAGGGCACGCACUGUAAAGGAUGCAGGAUCGGUCACAGAGGAUCUCGCAAACACGAGGACACGGUGGUUUGGUGAGGAAUGGAUGGCAGAACAUCCCGAGGAAACGGCUAGAAUGGAGAAGUCUAUGGCGACGACUACUAUUCAGGGUCUUGAAGCUUGUUGUGCUGCCCUUGGUAGUCUAUCUUUCGAUCUCAGAAUUCUGUAUCCUAAAGUAGGACAAGGAUGUAAUGAGGCUCUUAUUGUUGCUGGUGAGAAGGACGCAGACUUGCCGGUUAGAAUGAUGGAUAUGCGUAAAGCUGUGGAGGAAAGCUUUAGCAGUCAUGGAAAGAGGAUCCAAGUGCAGAUGCAGAUUGUAAAGUCCGCUGGGCAUGUUCCUUAUGUCGAUGGCUUUGAAGAUUUUUGUCGGAUAAUUACUGGGUUUCUCACAUAG